AUGACAUUAUAUGUUGAAGAGCCAGAGCCUGUGCCUCCUGUGAACCGGUCCGUUCAGCCCACGGUGUCGUCCUCCUCCACUCGGCCAAAGCCUGCUGCGCCCAUCCCCAUUCUGCCAGGGCCUGCUGCGUCCACCCAUCUCCAGCCAAAGCCUGCUGCGCCCACCUAUGCGCCACCCCCUGUGUCGGCAGCACCCAUACUGCUGGUUCUCCCCCCACAACCACAGGCUCCCUCCGUCCUGUUUCGUGGGCCAUCGUGCAGCCAGAGCUUUGUACCUCCUGCACCAACAGUCAAGGCAUUCUUGCCAAACAAACCCUCGCAGCCACGUGGGGCUUGCCACGUGCCCAAUUGUAGUGGACAGCGGAAGAGAUUAUAUGUUGAAGAGCCAGAGCCUGUGCCUCCUGUGAACCGGUCCGUUCAGCCCACGGUGUCGUCCUCCUCCACUCGGCCAAAGCCUGCUGCGCCCAUCCCCAUUCUGCCAGGGCCUGCUGCGUCCACCCAUCUCCAGCCAAAGCCUGCUGCGCCCACCUAUGCGCCACCCCCUGUGUCGGCAGCACCCAUACUGCUGGUUCUCCCCCCACAACCACAGGCUCCCUCCGUCCUGUUUCGUGGGCCAUCGUGCAGCCAGAGCUUUGUACCUCCUGCACCAACAGUCAAGGCAUUCUUGCCAAACAAACCCUCGCAGCCACGUGGGGCUUGCCACGUGCCCAAUUGUAGUGGACAGCGGAAGAGGUACACACCUUAA